GUCAUCUUCAUCUGUGUCAAUCAGAGCAUCACAUUGAUGGGGAAGGUGUGGCUGACCAUGAUGAUUUUCCUCCGCAUCCUUAUCCUCCUCUUCGCUGGUUACCCUCUCUACCAGGAUGAGCAGGAGCGUUUUGUCUGUAACACCAUUCAGCCUGGCUGUGCCAAUGUGUGCUACGAUCUGUUUUCCCCCAUUUCUCUUUUCCGUUUCUGGCUGGUGCAGCUCAUCACCUUGUCCCUUCCCUUGAUCAUCUUUAUCAUCUAUGUGGUCCAUAAAGUUGCAAAUGGCCUCAAUAUGGAGCUGAACUCCUCAGGUCAUAUCAAAACUGCAGCACUCUUCAAAAUCAACCAGGAGGCGUUCAGCAGGACGUCUGUGAACCGGACGCCACUUCUGGCUGGCGGCUUCACUGGGGCAUACAUUCUCCAUCUGAUGUUCAGGACUUUACUGGAGGCAGGGUUCGGGGCAGCUCACUACUAUCUGUUUGGCUUCUACAUCCCCAAAAGGUUCCUGUGUCAGCAUCCACCCUGCACAACCCAGGUAGACUGCUACAUCUCCAGACCCACUGAGAAGACAGUGAUGCUCAACUUCAUGCUAGGUGUGGGAGCUCUGUCAAUUUUCUUAAAUGUGCUGGAUUUCUUCUGUGCCAUCAAGCGCUCUGUGAGACAGAAGACCAAGAAGAAGCUAACAGUAGAGAGGAUGUAUGAAGAAGAGCAGUGUUUCCUUGCAGCCUCCAGGGGAAAAGACCAAAACACGUCACUGGCUCAGCAGGACAUAGAAGCAGAUGCUGGCCAAGCAGGGAGUUUCCGAAAGAGAAGAGGUAGUAAGGGUUCUAGCAGAGGAGGAGGAACACUUGGUUUAGAUCAAGAUUCACAAUGCCUGGAGCGAUCCUCACUACCUCGCCCUCCAGGAGCUCCAGGCUGUAACACCAAUGGGAACAAUGGAUACUCUGCCACCCAGGAGGAACCCCUGGAACGGGAAGGCAGUGAGGUGGCCCUCUGUCCCCCAGAGCCUUUGGCGACACCCAGGUCUAUUCGUGUUAGUAAACGCAGCCGGAUAAAGCCGCCACCUCCACCCAGGCGGGACCUUGGGUCAUUCACAGGAGGGUUAGCAGGGCCUGUGGGUGAUGCUUCCACAGCGACAACUGUCUGUACUAAAAGGGUGGGUCAGUACACACUGGUGGAGCUCAGUACUGCAGAACCACAGGCAAAUGAUGAUACACAGGAGAAAAGAUCAGAGUGGGUGUGA